UAAAGCUGAAGGCUAUACAAAGCGCUUAUCAGAUCAAUAUGUCUAAUAAUAGCUAUUUUCAGAAAAUUUAGGAGAGGUAUAAAUCGUGAAUUAACUAAUCAUUCAGUGACAAAAUGGCGACUUUGAGCACAGCCAUUGCACGAUAUGAUAAACCAUACCAAGGUUUAUAUCAGCCUAAAGAGAUUGGACAUUACUCAUUAGGAAGUGAGAUUCAAUAUAAUAAAACUCAGUUGAAAUAUUUCAUCCCACCUUCAGAUUAUAAUGAUGUUGAAUAUGAUUUGAAAAAAGAAUACCAAGGAAUGGAAAAUAGGGAGGAAAAACAGAUCGACCACAUUCUGAAAUGGAUACACGAUAGUGUGGGGCCUCGUGGAGAAGUUGAUCCUGAUCAAACAGGUCUUAAGGAUGACAGCGAUGUCAGUACCGACUUCGUAUGCAGAAGGGGUUUGUUGAAAAAGCUACUGUGUACCACGUGCGCGAGAAAUGAUUACUGGAAGUUCGCCGUGACUCUUCACCACGGCACCUACUACCUAUGUGAAUACCCUACCGACAAGGAAUUGAAACGCGUAAAAAAGAUGACGAACGAAGACAAAAUGACGUGUGCUUGGGGCCACAAGUUUGAGCAGUAUCUCACCGCAGAUUCCAAAGGAUCCGUUCCAAAUCCAGACCUGCCAUAUAACAUCAAUGAAGGCUUCUAUACUGUUAUGGAAUCCAAGGUUGGCGCACACACACUAGUAUUCAGUAGCGAGGUCGAUGCUGUGAGUCUAGAGAUUCCAGAUGGUACAACUGGGCCUAGUGUGGAACAUUAUGUUGAGUUCAAAACCACCACACAUGCAUCAUUGGAGAAAGUCAGUUUUAAAAGGUUCAAGCUCCUAAAUUGGUGGUCACAGAGUGUUCUUGCGGGUGUUCCCGAAAUUAUUUGUGGAUUCCGUGACGAUGCCGGACUUGUUAGGAAGCUAGAAACAUACACAACUCAAGAUAUACCAACAAUAGCCGGAGACAUCGAAAACCCAUGGAAAAUCAAUGUUUGUUGGAACUUCCUGGACCAUCUCCUUACCUUCAUCAAAUCGAAUGUGAAGGAAGAUGAUCCAAGGAUCAUUCACCUCCUGGAAUUUUUAGGCGGCGAUGUUACUUGUACCCGGCUUCCACCUGACUCCAAAUACACUUUCCUGCAUGAAUAGUAUACUCACUAGCCUGGAUUAUGUAGAAGUUUGCCUCUGAUCCAGAUCAAACAGGUUCGAUGCAACGUGAUUGCUUUUGAGAAGGCCAGCUAAAAAGAUUGAGAUUCGUACACCAUGUUAUAGACUUUAUAAAUACAAAAUGCUUGGUAAUUGACAACUUUGUCAUUAUUUAUUUUAAGCUGUUCCUUAUUACAUCGAUCCUAUGGUAAUGGUCCCUUGUUCCGUUUUUCUAUGGUACACGUCCCUUGUUACACUGUGCCAGUAUUUUCCGCCCAGUGUAGCGCGCCUUUUAUUUGAGCUAGCUCAACUUCUUGACAAAGGUAUGUUUAUGCUCAAUAAUAAUACAUAUCAUAAAAAUCAAUAUUUUCCAAGUUCGAAGUUAAACUAUCCACAAACAUCUAUGUAUUAGUAUUUGGUAACUUCUCUGUAUGUCCCAUAUCAAAUUAUUUAUCAAGUCAUAGUUUAAUAUGUCCAAGUAAUUCAUUUCCUCCUGUUUCCCGUUUCUCUCAUGUCAAAUUAUUGGUCCAAUUACAAUGACGUUGACAUACAGCCAUUAAGAUCAUCCUUCAGAGAAUAGCACGUUGUCCCAGUAAAAGAAUAUGUGCUAGAUACGCCAGUCCAAUCUCCUCUGUAUCUGUUCUGGUUUCAUGAUGGAUGAUGGCGUUGUACUUGUUUCUCCCAGGCGAUGUAAAUGAAGCUUCUCUGUCCGUUUUUUUUUUAAACAAGCAAAGUCCUAUGUUAAUCUUUCAAGCUCUUAUUUUUCUUAUGCUUCUAAAUCUCGUUAAAAAUCGUUAAUUGUGUGUUUUAUCAAUUUUGUUAAUAAGCUUUGCAUGCCAUUGAUGUGAUGUGUUAUAUUUUUGCCGGUGUAUUUUCUUUGAAUUAUUUCCUUAAACACUUUGAUCCAAAUAUUUAAAGGUUACGUAUUUUUGACACGACUUUGUAAGAAAUACAAUUUUACUAACAUUAUACCUUUGUAUCUUUAUACUUCUUGGAACUUAUGUUAUUCAUUGUUUGUAAAAUCCAAAGAUCAGUACACAUCUGAGUGGCAUAAUAAACCAAUAUAAAUAUUUUUGAAUUUCGUAUAUAAAUACAUGUAUAUAUAUAAACACUUUUUAAGAACAUAA